AUGGUCGCUUUCGCUGCUUUACUCGUUACAUUUGCUUACCUGGUCAUUAUUCCUCUGCGAGUCGUUGCCAUUCCCCCAGAGUUCCUUCUCAAUCCUCCCGGAACUGCCGCCUUUCUUGAAACCAAGAACCGCACGGACAUUCCAGCCGACAGUAUACCUGCCGAUUGUCAAUCUCAAUGUACUCAAGAUACGCUGAAGAUGCUCACUAAUUGCACGGCUUCCAUGUGCAUGUGCACCGACGAUACCAACACCAAAAGUAAUGCAUGUCUCGACUGCCUUGUGACCACGCAAGAUUCUUCCAAGAAGAUUAGCCAGAGUACAAGGAACGCGUUGGAAGCAGAAUACGUCAACACAUGCAAAUUGCUUGGUAUCCGAAUCUCCAACGCCAAGAACUCUGCUUCGCGGGUGUUUGCCGGUAAGGGUGUGGCCGGUGGACAAGCGGGAGUGGUUGGCACGGUAGUUUUUGCGGCAGUUCUCUCUAUGGUUGUUUGA